CGAUACGUCCAGUUUGACCAAUCUAACAAAAAUCAUUGUAUUUUCGUCCUAACGUACCGCUACGUAUAAAGCCGGUACCACGGCGUGUCGUUCACCUCCGUGCCACGAGAGGAAAAACGAAAUUUUUGGAAACGCCGAAAAUACCAUACUGUGAUCUUUCCUAUUAACUAAUUCGUCCUUGCCGGGGGUAUCGGUAGUUUUUUCUUAGCGCACAACGAGCCUCCACGUAAUCUCGGUUCCUUAUUCGACGAUUCGAUGUUAACGAGAAAAGCACUUAGUCGAUCGUAAUCGCGAAUUACACGGCGAGUGUCGCGAAUAACGGUGGGCGUUUGCGAUUGGAGGAUAGAGAAGACAUAUAGAAAAAGAAGAGGACAAGGUACAGACGAGUGAAAAUGGGGUGCAACACGAGCAAGGAGAGUGUCCAGCCGGUAGGGGAUGAAGCGAAGGAGGACGUGAAGAACGGCGAUAUCCCAAAAUCAUCAGAGAGCAGUUCGGCGAAGGUAGAGUCACAGGAAGGUUCACAAGGGAAGUCAGGGGAGUCGAAGGAGUCGAGCGAGAGUAAGGAGGAGCAGAAGAAGGAAGAGAAAGCUUCAGACAAAGACAGGGAAGAAGCCGCGACGAGGAUACAAGCGGCGUUCCGCGGCCAUCACGCCAGGAAGAGUAUGAAAGAGACUGAAUCCUCGACAAAGCAGACGGGGACCAAAUCAAACUCAGAGCCAACCAAAGAACAACUUCAGGAAGAGUUUCGCGCCGACGAUAAGGAGCUUUGCGAAGCGGCGACGAAAAUCCAGGCAUCUUUCCGCGGCCACAUGUCGAGAAAGGAGCAAGCUGCAUCCCUCGCAAAGUCGGCGGAGAACGCCGUCGAGAAUGUCGUCUCUCAGGCGGAGGAGAAAGCAAAGAAAGCCCUGAACGAGCUCGGGGAUAUCGAUCUCACGGACCCUGAUCUACACAAGGCGGCGACGAAAAUCCAAGCGAGCUUCCGGGGUCACAAGGUCCGCCAAGAAGUGUCGAAUCCUCCGCACAACGAAGAGCCAAAGAAAUAAAAAGGGGAUGACAGUGGUGGAGCUGAUCUUUUAAAAGUCGAAUCGUCGAUAGUAUGCCCGAAAUAAAACCAAAAAAAAGAAGAAAAAAAAAACACAAACCAACAAACAAACCAUGAAUAUAAGAGACAGCAAGUCGAAUUUGAACGAUCGAGAAAAAAGUAAAAAAAAGAAAAAAAAACAAUAAUAACCGUAAUAGCAGGAAACCGGGCUUCGUCUUUGCUUUUUCGUUUGUCGUCGAGUCCGCUUUGUACGAUCGCAUGCGAAAAUAUCCUAUUCACCGAUCCCUCGAAAUUUCAUGGCAUUUUUAUCUUUACGGAUCUGCGCGUCGCGAUUUACACGGAAUCGUAGAUUCCGCCGCCGUGAUUUCUAUUGACGUAAUGGCGAGUUUAGAAGCUCGCAGUAAACUUUUUCCGAAGACACAGUGGGAUGAUAGAGUCCUUGUUCGAGGAAGAAUUUUCAAAAAUUCGAAUUGUACUUACACGUAUAUUUUGUCCUCUCGAGAGUAUAUCUAUUAAAAGAAAAAGAAAAAGAAAACGACAAAAAAAUUAGACACUGCUUUUCCCGAUUCUACGAAAUACAAUUUCAACUUUGUAUCCUUAAAAAUUCGUACUUCGAUGCCAAUUCACAUUUGACCGUACACGUCUAUUUUAAAUUAGAAUGCUUAUCGAUUAAACAUCUCAAA